AUGAAAAAUGUCAGAAACCGAGGCAGAUCGGAGUUCCAGUCGCGUCUCAAGGGCGGGAAUGGCGAGGCUAAACCUCCGACAUUUGCUUGGGCUAAGAUGUCGCGCCUGAAGGCUUUGGUGUUGCUCGGUCUCGUCACAGCCGUCUAUGCACGGAGUGUGGUCGGACCGGCGCUGAAGCCCUCGUCACGCAGAUCGAAAAUGACGAGGAGAUGGAGAGCGUCAUCUGGCGUCGGCUCCAUCAACUCCAUCAGAACAGCGGAGGGUCAGCCUCUCUCCCGCUCGCUGCCCCCACAGUGCACAGCAGAGGGCUUCUUUCCCCAACCCGGUUCUUGCACGGAUUUCUACCGGUGUGUGGACUGGACAGGUACCGGGACACGGUUCUCUGCCUUCCGUUUCAACUGUCCUUAUGGCACGGUUUUCGACGACGACCUCGAUAUCUGCAACCACCCUGCGGCGGUGAAGAACCCUCCCGAAUGCUCCGGCGCUGCUGGAAACCUGCCAUUGCCUGAACCUCCUGGUGUGGACGCAGGAGGAGUUGGAGGAACUGGAGGAGUUGGAGGAACUGGAGGAGUUGGAGGAACUGGAGGAGUUGGAGGAGUUGGAGGAACUGGAGGAGGAGUUGGAGGAACUGGAGGAGUUGGAGGAUCCCCUGCAAUCCCAGGAACUCCUGGUAUCCCUGCAGUCCCUGGUACUCCAGGCACCCCUGGUACUCCUGGAAUCCCUGCAGUUCCUGGUACUCCUGGAACUCCUGGUACCCCUGGAAUCCCUGCAGUCCCUGGUACUCCUGGAACCCCUGGUACCCCUGGAAUCCCUGCAGUCCCUGGUACUCCAGGCACCCCUGGUACUCCUGGAAUCCCUGCAGUUCCUGGUACUCCAGGCACCCCUGGUACUCCUGGAAUCCCUGCAGUUCCUGGUACUCCUGGAACUCCUGGUACCCCUGGAAUCCCUGCAGUCCCUGGUACUCCUGGAACCCCUGGUACCCCUGGAAUCCCUGCAGUCCCUGGUACUCCAGGCACCCCUGGUACUCCUGGAAUCCCUGCAGUCCCUGGUACUCCAGGCACCCCUGGUACUCCUGGAAUCCCUGCAGUUCCUGGUACUCCUGGUACUCCUGGAAUCCCUGCAGUUCCUGGUACUCCUGGAACUCCUGGUACUCCUGGAAUCCCUGCAGUCCCUGGUACUCCUGGAACCCCUGGUACCCCUGGAAUCCCUGCAGUCCCUGGUACUCCUGGAAUCCCUGCAGUCCCUGGUACUCCUGGAACCCCUGGUACCCCUGGAAUCCCCGCAGUCCCUGGUACCCCUGGAAUCCCCGCAGUCCCUGGUACUCCAGGCACCCCUGGUACCCCUGGAAUCCCCUCAGUCCCAGGUACUCCUGGAACCCCUGGUACCCCAGGAAUCCCCGCAGUCCCAGGUACUCCUGGAACCCCUGGUACCCCUGGAAUCCCCGCAGUCCCAGGCACUCCUGGAACCCCUGGUACCCCAGGAAUCCCCGCAGUCCCUGGUACUCCUGGAACCCCUGGUACCCCUGGAAUCCCCGCAGUCCCUGGAACUCCUGGUACUCCUGGAACCCCUGGUACCCCUGGAAUCCCUGCAGUCCCUGGUACUCCUGGAACCCCUGGUACCCCUGGAAUCCCCGCAGUCCCUGGUACUCCAGGCACCCCUGGUACCCCAGGAAUCCCCGCAGUCCCUGGUACUCCUGGAACCCCUGGUACCCCUGGAAUCCCCGCAGUCCCUGGAACUCCUGGUACUCCUGGAACCCCUGGUACCCCUGGAAUCCCUGCAGUCCCUGGUCCUGCAGUCCCUGGUACUCCUGGAACCCCUGGUACCCCUGGAAUCCCCGCAGUCCCAGGUACUCCUGGAACCCCUGGUACCCCUGGAAUCCCCGCAGUCCCUGGUACUCCCGGUGCUGUUAUCCCUAGUGGUACAAAUGUCCCAGGAACAGAAGCUAGUGGUGGGACCCCUGGUAUUCCCGGUACCUCUGGUACUCCUGGAACACCUGUAGUCCCAGGUACUCCUGGUACUCCUGGAACUGCUGGUACUCCUGGAACCCCUGGUACCCCUGGAAUCCCUGCAGUCCCUGGUACUUCUGGAACCCCUGGAAUCCCCGCAGUCCCUGGUACUCCUGGAACCCCUGGUACAACUGGAAUCCCCGCAGUCCCUGGUACUCCUGGAACCCCUGGUACUCCUGGUACCCCUGGAAUCCCCGCGGUCCCUGGUACUCCUGGAACCCCUGGUACUCCUGGAACAGCUGGUAUUCCUGGCGCUGUUAUCCCUAGUGGUACAGGCACUCCCGGAACCCCUGGUAACCCUGGUACCCCUGGAAUCCCCGCGGUCCCUGGUACUCCUGGAACCCCUGGUACUCCUGGAACCCCUGGUACCCCUGGAAUCCCCGCAGUCCCUGGUACCCCUGAAAUCCCCGCAGUUCCAGGCACUCCUGGAACCCCUGGUACCCCUGGAAUCCCUGCAGUCCCUGGUACUCCUGGAAGCCCUGGUACCCCUGGAAUCCCUGCAGUCCCUGGUACUCCUGGAACUCCUGGUACCCCUGGAAUCCCCGCAGUCCCUGGUACUCCUGGCACCCCUGGUACCCCUGGAAUCCCCGCGGUCCCUGGUACUCCUGGCACCCCUGGUACCCCUGGAAUCCCCGCGGUCCCUGGUACUCCUGGAACCCCUGGUACUCCUGGAACAGCUGGUAUUCCUGGCGCUGUUAUCCCUAGUGGUACAGGCACUCCCGGAACCCCUGGUAACCCUGGUACCCCUGGAAUCCCCGCGGUCCCUGGUACUCCUGGAACCCCUGGUACUCCUGGAACCCCUGGUACCCCUGGAAUCCCCGCAGUCCCUGGUACCCCUGAAAUCCCCGCAGUUCCAGGCACUCCUGGAACCCCUGGUACCCCUGGAAUCCCUGCAGUCCCUGGUACUCCUGGAACUCCUGGUACCCCUGGAAUCCCCGCAGUCCCUGGUACUCCUGGCACCCCUGGUACCCCUGGAAUCCCCGCGGUCCCUGGUACUCCUGGCACCCCUGGUACCCCUGGAAUCCCCGCGGUCCCUGGUACUCCUGGAACCCCUGGUACCCCUGGAAUCCCCGCAGUCCCAGGCACUCCUGGAACCCCUGGUACCCCUGGAAUCCCCGUAGUUCCUGGUACUCCUGGAACACCUGGUACUCCUGGAACCCCUGGUACCCCUGGAAUCCCCGCGGUCCCUGGUACUCCUGGCGCUGUUGUCCCUAGUGGUACAGGCACUCCUGGAACCCCUGGAAUCCCCGCAGUCCCUGGUACUCCUGGAACCCCUGGUACUCCUGGAACCCCUGGUACCCCUGGUACCCCUGGAAUCCCUGCAGUCCCUGGUACUCCUGGAACCCCUGGUACUCCUGGAACCCCUGGUACCCCUGGUACCCCUGGAAUCCCCGCAGUCCCUGGUACUCCUGGUACCCCUGGAAUCCCCGCGGUCCCUGGUACUCCCGGUGCUGUUAUCCCUAGUGGUACAGGCACUCCUGGAACCCCUGGUACCACUGGUACCCCUGGAAUCUCCGCGGUCCCUGGUACUUCUGGAACCCCUGGUACUCCUGGAACACCUGGUACUCCUGGCGCUGUUAUCCCUAGUGGUACAGGCACUCCUGGAACCCCUGGUACCCCUGGAAUCCCCGCAGUCCCUGGUACUCCUGGAACCCCUGGUACCCCUGGAAUCCCCGCAGUCCCUGGUACUCCUGGAACCCCUGGUACCCCUGGAAUCCCCGCAGUCCCUGGUACUCCCGGUGCUGUUAUCCCUAGUGGUACAAAUGUCCCAGGAACAGAAGCUAGUGGUGGGACCCCUGGUAUUCCCGGUACCUCUGGUACUCCAGGAACACCUGUAGUCCCAGGUACUCCUGGUACUCCUGGAACCCCUGCAAUUCCUGGUACUCCUGGAACAUCUGGUACUCCCGGUGCUGUUAUCCCUAGUGGUACAGGCACUCCUGGAACCCCUGGUACUCCUGGAAUCCCCGCAGUCCCUGGUACUCCUGGAACCCCUGGUACCCCUGGUACCCCUGGAAUCCCCGCAGUCCCUGGUACUCCUGGCACCCCUGGUACCCCUGGAAUUGGUACAGGCACUCCUGGAACCCCUGGAAUCCCCGCAGUCCCUGCUGGUAUCCCUGGAAUCCCCGCAGUCCCUGGUACUCCAGGCACCCCUGGUACCCCUGGAGUCCCCGCAGUCCCUGGUACUACUGGAACCCCUGGUACCCCUGGAAUCCCCGCAGUCCCUGGUACUCCAGGCACCCCUGGUACCCCUGAAAUCCCCGCUGUCCCUGGUACUCCUGGCACCCCUGGUACCCCUGGAAUCCCCGCAGUCCCAGGCACACCUGGAACCCCUGGUACCCCUGGUACCCCCGGCAUCCCCGCAGUUCCAGGCACUCCUGGAACCCCUGGUACCCCCGAAAUCCCCGCAGUUCCAGGCACUCCUGGAACCUCUGGUACCCCUGGAAUCCCCGCAGUCCCUGGUACUCCUGGAACCCCUGGUACUCCUGGUGCUGUUAUCUCUAGUGGUACAAAUGUCCCAGGAACGGAAGGUAGUGGUGGUACUCCUGGAACCCCUGCAAUCCCUGGUACUCCUGGAAUCCCCGCAGUCCCUGGUACUCCUGGCACCCCGGGUACCCCUGGAACCCCCGCAGUCCCUGGUACCCCUGGAAUCCCCUCCGUUCCAGGCACUCCGGGAACACCUGGUACUCCCGGCACCCCUGGAACACCUAGUGGUACAAAUGUCCCAGGAACGGAAGGUAGUGGUGGUACUCCUGGAGCCCCUGUAGUCCCAGGUACUCCUGGUACUCCCGGUAUCCCUGGUACUCCUGGAACCCCUGCAAUCCCUGGUACCCCUGAAAUCCCUGCAGUCCCUGGUACUCCCGGAACCCCUGGUACUCCUGGUACCCCUGGUACUCCUGGAAUUCCCGCAGUCCCUGGUACUCCCGGAACCCCUGGUACUCCUGGAAUCCCUGCAGUCCCUGGUACUCCUGGUACCCCUGGAAUCCCUGCAGUCCCUGGUACUCCUGGAACCCCUGGUACCCCUGGUACUCCUGGAAUCCCCGCAGUCCCUGGUACUCCCGGAACCCCUGGAACCCCUGCAAUCCCUGGUACCCCUGGAAUCCCUGCAGUCCCUGGUACUCCUGGAACCCCCGCAGUCCCUGGUACUCCCGGUACCCCUGGUACUCCUGGCACCCCUGGAAUCCCCGCAGUCCCUGGCACUCCUGGAACCCCUGCAAUCCCUGGUACCCCUGGAACCCCUGCAGUCCCUGGUACUCCUGGAACCCCUGCAGUCCCAGGCACUCCUGGUACUCCUGGAACAAAUGUACCAGGAACUGAACCUAGUGGUGGGACCCCUGGUACUCCUGGUACUUCUGGAACCCCUGGUACUCCCGGAACACCUGGUAUUCCCGCAAUCCCAGGCACUCCUGGAACCCCUGGUACUCCCGGAACACCUGGUACUCCAGCAAUCCCAGGCACUCCUGGAACCCCUGGUACUCCCGGAACACCUGGUACUCCAGCAAUCCCAGGCACUCCUGGAACCCCUGGUACUCCCGGAACACCUGGUACUCCAACAAUCCCAGGCACUCCUGGAACCCCUGGUACUCCCGGAACACCUGGUACUCCAGCAAUCCCAGGCACUCCCGGAACCCCUGGUACUCCCGGAACACCUGGUACUCCAGCAAUCCCAGGCACUCCUGGAACCCCUGGUACUCCCGGAACCCCAGGUACUCCAGGAACCCCUGGUACUCCUGGAACACCUGGUACUCCUGCAAUCCCUGGCACUCCCGGAACCCCUGGUACUCCCGGUAGUUCUGGAAGUAUCGGCGGGGGUGUAGGUGUUGCGCGACCCCCUCCCUUCACCCUGAUGUGUUACCAUGACAACAAGUACCGUCGCCACCCACUCUUCUGCAACAGUUACUACUACUGCAUAUGGGAUGGUCUUAACUGGAAUUUCCCCAUCUUCACCUGUCCUGCGGCACUGAUCUUUGAUGAAGAAACUCAACAGUGCUCUUAUCCAGAUGACACCAAGCCUUGUGAUACCCAGUUAGCACCGUACCCUACUCCUCAACCUACGAAGCCGGUUCCCGAAGUAACGACUCCUCAGUCUGUCGAAACAACAACACAGAAAAACUGGCAGGUUGAUGAAUCAAGCAAAUACGCAUGCCCAGCACCAGGCUAUUAUCCCUUCGAAGGUGACUGUGUCAGGUUCUACAAGUGUGUUGAGCUUGAAGAUGGAAGUCUGAAAGGCCUACUGUACAAAUGCCCUAAUGGAUAUGGCUACUCCGAGGAACGUCAGCGGUGCUGGCCUGAAGAGGACCUCCCUGCGUGCCGAAGAAUCAUUCAAGACGCUCAUCUUCGACUAGAAUCUGCUACGCCAGUCUAUCCUGCAGACCUCUUCUGGUUCUUUAAUAACAAGAAGUAAUUCGAGUCUUCUUUGCCAAGGUGGAGUUGAUACACACGCGAUCAGUCUGAGGCAUUAAUUACUAUGUUUCUCUGACAAGGAGAAAUAUCUUAAGACUGAUUGCCAUCCGGUCUUGGUUCUUUGCCAACACAAAAUAUUCUGUCCGUGAAUAUCUCUAUGAUAUGUUGCCCUAAAAAAAGAUGUAUUGUUCACUGGGACUCACACCGCCCCUGCUUAGGUGUAGGAUCUACUGUAUUUGUAAAGUCUUACGUAGUGCAAUAUGUACAAAUUACCAUGGAUUUUACUUCCAAAUAAUGCUUUUUACAAACAGCCAAAGAAGUAAACCCAGCAAAUUAAAGGACUGACAUGCAGCUCUGUCAAAUAUAGCAUUCAAGGGAUGGUGAAUAUACAGUUAUUUAUGAGCCUCAGAGAAACACCACCAGCACACCAAACGCUGCUGUUGCCACCUGCUCGCAGACAGCUGAGAAAUUUGAAGCUGUGUAGUUUAUUCCCUCGGUAGUUCGUAUUAUCACUUAAUACAUGUUUCAGCGUUAUCUUCAUGCUCCCUCAAAGUGACAAAUAACAUUGUCGGGCAUUCAAAAGGCUGGGGAUGCGCUGAAUCAUGUAUUAGACUUAGGCAUUACUCUCACGUUAUUGUGUAGCUAAGGUUGUUGAAGCGGUCUGAUGCUAAUUUUCAAGGGAAAAGACCGAUUGAGAAUGGCAACAACUAUAGCCACUGAUAUUUUUGUGAGAAUUUCAGUCAUGUGCCAAACCAGCAAGCAAAAUAUUCACGCUGCUUUUUAAUUUCUGUGUACAUUAUUUAUUCUAUUUAUUCUAUUUAUGUAUGCCAUUGUUGCUUUACAAUUGUUAUUUGAAUUGUUGAUAAAUAUUGGUUGAAAUAAAGAAAUAUAUAAAUGUA